AUCAUUAUAUGUAUAUUAUAUAAUACGCAAUAUACAAAGGAUGAUGUGAUCACCUAGCCACCACCACCGCCGUUUGUGUUUUACCGCACGCCCAUUCGGCGGGUUCACGCUUGUCCACACCCAUCGCGUCCGCUUGACGGCCACGCCCACCGCAUCAGCGGCCGCCGCCGUCGUCAUCGCCGGCACCGGUAUACCGACGCGGCAGUCGACGGCUCAGUGAUAAUAUCGCGCGCCACACGUCAACGUGAACCAAUAAUAGACGGUACCGCCGCAAUCACCGCCGUCGUCACGUACGCCUAUAAUAACCAGCUCUUUGCCGAUAGAGUUUUCACUUUUCCGACCGCAUAAAUAUAUAGACACCGUUUCGUACAUAUUUUCAUUGCUCGGUGAACCGAUUUUUUCGCACUAUCCUCGUUUAAUCGCUUCGGUUUUAUCCACGACGCUCUUCUACCCAUCAUAUAUUUAGUAAUAAUAAUAAUAUAAUACGCCGUUUUAUCAGGUUAUUAAUUUUCGAGCCAGUUUCCGUCGUCGUACAUGACGUGUGAGACUGUGGCCAAAUGUGCUGCGUGGUGAUCAGCACCGCCGGCAUGCAGGACGACGAUCACCACAACCUUCUCCAACACCACCACCACCACAAUAUCAACCGCCGUCACCAACAACACCAUCGCAGCAGUAGCACCAGCAGCAGCGGUAGCGGUAGUAUCGGCGGAGGCGCUGUACAGCUGGCCACUUCCUCCUCCUCGUCCGCCGCUGCCGCGGCCGCAGCGGCCGCCGUGUUCCUACCAGUCUACGAUUUCAGCCGCCGAUACCAAGCCGCCUUGGACUCGGUGGCCAUGCAUCAAGUCGUCAGCCCGUUGGACUUGAGGGGCGUCGGCGGUGGUUCCGGCGCCGCAUCCGCCGCCGCCGUGAUGGUGCAGGCCGUCUCGACAGCGGCGUCCGUGUCGCCGCCGUGCAGCGUCGGAUCGGCUGAGACGACGGACGUGAACGUGGAUUCGGCCGACGACGACGACGACUACGACGCGGCAGCCGUCGCGGCCGGGUGCAACGACAACAACAACGGUGGUGGCCGCCGUAGCAAGACGACGUCGCCCGGCGCACAAGCGGGCGGCGCGUGCAGCGAAGACGGCGAUAAGGCGUCGGGCACCGGCAACGGGUCGCCCGUCAAGCCGCCGUACAGUUACAUUGCGCUGAUCACCAUGGCCAUACUGCAGUCGCCGCACAAGAAGCUCACGCUCAGCGGCAUCUGUGAGUUCAUCAUGUCACGGUUCCCGUACUACCGCGACAAGUUCCCGGCCUGGCAGAACUCCAUCAGGCACAACCUGUCGCUCAACGACUGCUUCAUCAAGAUUCCACGGGAACCGGGCAACCCGGGGAAGGGUAAUUACUGGACCCUAGACCCGAUGGCCGAGGACAUGUUUGACAACGGCAGCUUCCUUCGGCGGCGCAAGCGGUACAAGCGCAUGCAGGCCCCGUCAGACUUUUUCAUCCACCGUGGUGGCAGCGACCACCACCACCAUCCGCACCAUCAGCACCAUCCCCAUCACCAUCCACACCACAAUCACUUCGCCGCGGCCGCGGACCCAUACUCGGUGUUACACCACCACCAUCACUAUCCUUACCAUCACCUCGGGCCACCGCCGCCACAUCUGCAGCCACCACACCCGUCGCAGGCCCAGACGCAGCCUCUUCAGCAGCAGCAGCAACUGCAGCAGGGCCCGCAACCACAGCAACCCUCGCCGACGCAGCAGCCCUCGGCCGCCAUGCAGCCGUUACAGCUGCCGGCCGCCGAGCUGGCGCGCAUAACGUUCGGUCUGAACCUGCUGCACAACGGACAAGUGGCCGCGGCGGCAGCCGCCGCAGCGGCCGCGUACAAGCCGUCACAGCCGCCGGCACUGGUUUUGCACCAACACGGCAAUCUCAUACAGCCGUCGUACGCGACCACUGUGGUGGCCGGCGGCGGUCGGUUGGCCGUGAAACAGCCGUCCACCGGGUUCAGCAUCGACUCCAUCAUGGGCAAGAGGCCUUCGCCCGCCGCGCCGCCAGCCAACGUGUCACCGGCCCGACCCGGUGGCCGCCACCCGCUGCAGCAGCGCGAGCCCGACGACGACGACGACGACGAUGACGGCCACGACCACCGUGAUCACCGCGUCAGCCGUCACCACGAUGCCGCGGACGUCUCGCCGCAGCCGUCGGCCAGGCAGAACUUCGAUUCGGCGUUCACGCCGCUCCAGCAGACCACGUGGGCCAGGUGAUGAUGUGGCCGCCGCCACCGCGCGGUCACGUGUCACUCGACGCAUGACAUGGUGACAAUAUUAUAAUUUUUACCGUUUUGUCAUGCGGAGGAGUUCAUCGUGCCGAACGAUUAUACGUACCAACAAGCUCGUCAGAGCAUUAUCGAAGAUUCGUGAAGCCGUCAUGCAAACGAAUCGCACUGAUGCAUAGCCGGUGUCGAUUUCUCAUCUAGUCCCAAUUUGUCCAACAACCCUAUUACAAUACAGACGUAUAAUAUACAAUACUUAUAUAAUAAACAUAUACUUAUUUAUACAAAUACGAUUUAGUAUAUUAUCGUAAUAGUAAUAAUAAUAAUAAUAAUAAUAAUAAAAAUAAUAGUGCAAUACAUUUUAAUUAUUAUAGAAUAUAUUGAUAUUAUUAUUAUUAUCAUCAUUAUUAUUUAUCGCAAACACUAUUAUAAUAUUGUACAUAGCCUAUAUUAUUAUUAUAUUAUCAUAUUUAUAUAUUAUGAUCCUCGUUACCAAAUAUUCUUAUCAUAUUAUUGUUUUAUUAUUAUUAUUUUUAUUGUCGUAGUCUUUAGAAGACGUCGUGUAGAAUACUGUGUACAUAUACUUAUUAUUAUUAUUAUUAUUAUUAAACGUUCGUAGAGAAAAAACAGAAUGUAAUAAUUCUUAAACUUAUAUAAUUAUAAUUAAUUUAUUAUAAAUUCACCGUUUAUAUAUUAUCACAUAAUAAUAUAUUGUUAUUAAACGUAUUUCUU